UCCAACUUCAUCGUACACUUGCACUAACAAGGCAACAUACAGGACAGAUACAGUGCUUUCAUUCAUAGUCAAAUCUUUAUCUUAAUUGGGAAAAUAAAGGAAAAUAAACGAUUGUCGACAAUAAGGCUUAUUCACCAAAAGAGCGAAGGGCAGGAACCAGCACGCGACAGAGAUUGGAGCUUGUGCUUAGACACCUUGUCCAUCCGAGGCUCUGUGGAGAAGUCUUGACCUCUUUCCUUCAGGAUUUACGGUCUACAGCCGCCCUUUGUACCAUAUUCUGCUUCGUGAUCUUGGUGGACAGAUGAUCUUGCCACCUCCUGAGACUGUUUUCACAAAGACAGCGAGGAAGAAGUAGAUUGGUGCCAAACUGUGCCUCAGAAACCUUUAGUUAGAUAUGCCCUCACCCCCCAAUGAUGGAGACGACCAAGGAACGUCCCCCGUGAACAUGACUCCUGUGCUGUCCAAUCAGAAUGGUGUAAAGAGAAAAGUUCACACCAAGAAAAAGAAGAAGGGCUUCAUCACGGCUAACGUCGCGGGAACCAAAUAUGAAAUCGUUCGUAUUGUAAUAGACGAGGUGACUUUUCAUAAAGUCAGAGACGAUGAUGAGACGGCCAAUCUAAUCUGGAACGACUCCUCCGUGCAGCAUGAGAAAAUAGCUGAGCUCAGGAACUACCAGAGGAUAAACCAUUUCCCGGGAAUGGGUGAGAUCUGUCGGAAAGACUGCUUGGCGAGGAACAUGGCCAAAAUGAUUAAAAGUCAGCCUCAGGAAUACAGCUUCAGCCCCAAAACCUGGAUCUUCCCAGCUGAGUGCACUCAGUUCCAAAACUACGUCAAGGAGUUGAAACGGAAACGCAAGCAGAAAACAUUUAUUGUAAAGCCUGCGAAUGGAGCCAUGGGUCAUGGGAUAUCUCUGAUUCGGAACUUCGAGAAGCUUCCGAUGCAGGAUCACUUCAUUGUGCAGGAAUAUUUAGACAAGCCCUUUCUCAUGGAGGGCUACAAGUUUGACUUGAGAUUCUACAUCCUCGUCACUUCCUGCGACCCUCUGCGUGUCUUCCUUUACAAUGACGGCCUGGUACGGAUGGGUACGGAGAAGUACCACACGCCCAAUGAGUCGAACCUGAGCCAGCUCUACAUGCACUUGACCAACUACUCGGUCAACAAACACAAUGAAAACUUUGAGCGGGACGAAACGGUGGAUAAAGGCAGUAAGAGGUCCAUCGGCUGGUUCACCGAGUUCCUCCGAACCAACGAUUAUGACGUGGCCAAAUUCUGGGGAGAUGUAUCGGAACUGGUGGUAAAGACCCUGAUAGUGGCCGAGCCACAUGUGCUCCACGCCUACCGCAUGUGCCGCCCCGGUCAGCCACCAGGGAGCGCCAGUGUCUGCUUUGAGUUGCUGGGUUUUGACAUCAUCCUUGACCGCAAGCUGAAACCGUGGCUGCUGGAGAUCAAUCGUGCUCCAAGUUUUGGGACCGAUCAAAAGAUCGAUUACGAUGUGAAGAAGGGAGUUUUGCAGAACGCCCUGAAACUGCUCAACAUCAGGGCGAGUGAUAAACGCAGAAAUCUGGCCCAGCAGAAGGCAGAAGCCCAACGGCGGCUGUACGGUCAGGGAUCUAUGCGUAAACUGACGGCCGAAUCAUCUGAAUGGGAGAAACAACGUCACUUACUGGAGCGCAGGAGAGAGGAACUGAAAGAAAGACUGGCUCAAGUCCGCAAGCAGGUCUCCAGGGACGAGCACGAAAAGCGACACCUGGGGAACUACAGACGUAUUUACCCCCCUGAUGACAAGCUGCUCCUGGAGAAAUAUGAGAGUCUUCUUUCGGUUGCCUUUCAGACAUUUCUCGCCGGGCGAGCAGCUUCACUUCAAAAGGAAAUGAAUAAUCCGCUGAAACGAAUGAAGGAGGAAGAUAUCCUAGACCUACUGGAACAGUGUGAGCUGGAUGAUGAGAAACUGAUGGGAAAAACCUCCAAACAGAAAGGACCAAAGGUCCUGUCCUCCAUGCCUGAGAGCAGCCUGUCACCCAGAGGGCACAGAGACCCUGAGGAUACCACGGGCAGUGGCAGCGACAGCAGCUCUGGCUCUGAUGCUGAUGGUGAAGAUGAAAGCAGCAGCAUUACGCAGGAGAAACUCAACAGCUCUGAACGCUCCAGUCGUGUUCAUUGGAAACCCGUCCCUAAACCGCUGCGGGGUCCUUCCUCCUCACCCAACCUUUCCGGACUCAUCCGCCGUUCCAUGUCCUGUCCGCGCUCCAUAUCCUCUCUUACUGCGCAAUCACCCACCAACGAGACCAGACGGCCAAAAACAGCUACUCAUAUGGCUAAUGCUCCAACUGCAGCCUCUCAAACAGCACCCACUACGACGCCGAUGACCGCAUUGCGAGCACACGCAGCGUCUCGUUCCCAGUCGCUCAGUCGCAACAGUUCUGCAAACAGAGUUCCACAUAGCAGCAGUUUGGGUGCCAUUCACCCCAACACGGGGGAGAUCCCGCUGAGUAAAGAGCGGGAAGCGGAGCUGAUGCAGCAGACCUUGGCGGCGCUCGGAGAGAUGAGGAUUCGUUACCCGGGGAAGAGCGAAGAGGAGGCAGAGGCCGUGCUGGACGAGAUACUGAACAACUGGAAGUUCCAUAAACCAAAAGUGGCGUCUUACUGGCUGGUGAAGUUAGACGCCACCAAACAGAGGAAGGUUUUGGACAUCGUUCGUACCAACAUCCGGCAGGUUCUGCAGAGGAUCUGGAGCGAACCGGACGUGGACAGUCUUCGACUUAAUCGCCUUCUCAACCGCGUCUUCAGCCGUCUACUCUGGAGCCAUGGUCAGGGUCUGUGGAACUGCCUCUCCAGCUCUGGCAGGUCGUCGUGGGAGAGCGUGUUCAAUAAGAGCAGCGAGGUGCUGUCCACACUGGAGCUCAGGUGCUGCCAGCGCGUCGUACAGCUGUGCAGAGACUGUCUGCUUGUGGUCUACAAGUUUGUGGCCGACUCCCGAAGUUCUCUCGGCGGACUCGGCCCAGACUGGGAUGACACCAGGUACCUGCUGCCAGUCACCUCCCAGUUUAUCAUCAAGUGCCCGUCCUCCAGUUUUGGCCGCUCCUCGUCCACGUCACGUGCCCGCGGCGUCUUUACUGCACGAAUGGGACACUUUUGAUGCCAACUGGACUCCACAUACAGUAUGCUGGGUAGAAGACAUCUAGACCUUUCUUAGAAAGGCAUUACGCCUGGGACCUCUACAAACUCCAGCAGCAUAUCGAACCUCGCUUGCGUUGUUUAUGCGUCGGAUGCAGAUGAUCUCAUUCGCUGUAAAAAAUCCGCUGCACUGCUGUCUCCCUUCGGAUGCUUUUAAAGAUGAUGAACAUUAUGGAUUUAAUUUCGAUACUGUACAGUUAUUCCAUGCAUUACGGUGAAUGUUACGGCCUCAUCAAUUUGACAAAGAUCAUGUUUAUGUUUUUAUGUGUUUUUUUUUUUUGUUUUGUUUUUAUCAUGAUGUUAUAUUAAUGCUGUUUUACUAAAUUAUUUUAUUAUUUAAUGCACAACAUGUCACUUUUUUAAUAUUCACUUCAUAUUUUUGUUUAGUUCUUCCCAGAGUCAAAAUCACAAACGUUCACACAGGAUGCGUCUGGCGUUUAAAAAAAAAAAACAUGAAAAUUAAUUGCUCUUAAAACAGUGUUUCCAAAAGAUUGUUUUUCACCCCAGCAGCAAAAAUUAUAUUUAAAAAAAAUAUUGUAUAAGUGAUUUAUUAAAUAAUAAAAGUACUAUUACAAUAAAAGUGUGAAAUUGUGUUGCAGACAUUUAUCUGCUACUACACAUAUGAACAAUUAGUUUAUUUCAUGAAUUUUACAAACUAAUGGCUUCUUGACUAGUUAGCAAAUGAGUCCAGAGACCAACAAUAAAAAUAUGUCCAAGCAGACGCCUUAACGCCUCCUGUGUGAAAGCCGAAGAAUGGUGCAGAAAUGGUCAAGGUUAAAAGUUUCAUGCUUUAAGUUCUGGUUAAAUCUACAGUAGGGGGUUGUGGGUAGUAUAGAGUUAGAAAAUUAAAUAAUGCGUACUAUUUGAAUGCUUUAUGAAUGCUUUGUUGAACUAGACUAGUUGCCUGUUUUUAACUUACAGCUGAGAUCACCUUUCAACUUAAAGGACGUAAAUCUUCUUUGCAUAACUAUGUGAGCCAUAUUGUGUAGAUGCAAAUAUUAACCUCAACGUCGGACCUGUCUGAUGUGUGUCCUUGUAGAGACUAUGAAUGGGACCUUCAGUACUGCUUUGGGUAGUGUGUACAACAAACUGUCCGUGAGCUGGGAAACUUGGAUGGCUUCAUCUUGAAAAUACUUGAAUUCAUUUAUGCUAUUUAUUUCAUUAAAAAUGUCUGCGUUUACAUUAUUAUAUCAAAUUUUAAGUUUUGGUAACUGAUUUAACUAUGGCAUUACCGAUGUAUCAGUGAUUUUAUGAAUGAGAUAACCUUUUAUGAAAGUACUGUAAUUUGCGCUAAUUGCCAAGCUUUGCUUUGGACCUAAUUAGAAUGAAUGUUUAUGUACUGUAGUGUUUGAGUUAAAGUGACUUGGAUGUGCCAGCUCAAACCAUGCUGUGCCAACACAACUCACACAACCAGCAGUUUGUGUUAACUAGGUGGGCAAUUGAGAAGGAUGGUCCGCAAUAUUUAUGAUUCAGUACGUUCAUGGAAUUCCUUUUUAGAAAUGAGGUUUUCUUGGCUGCUGGGUUUUCUUUUGGUUAGUAAUGAAAUUACAGUCACAGUGUUCUAAAAGCCAACUUUUCAAGUCCUUCUUAUAAUGAUCAUUAAAUGGGCCAUUUCAGGCCAUUUCAUCCAAGUUACCAUUAUGCCACAAUGCCAAAUAUCAUUUUUGCCUAGAUUUUCAUUCAGGAUAAUGGGUUUAAUAGCAAUAAACGGCUUAAAACAU